AUGGCUACAGGCCGCAGCUCGUUCCGGAGGAGCCUUGUGUUGAUUCUUAUUCUGUCUCUGAUUCUGCUGGUAUCUCACAAGAGUGUCAGCAGCUACUCGACCCGGCCAGGACCUGCACCAUCGAUCGAUGACCAGAGACGGUUCUGGCAUGUCUUCCACGCGAUAAUAAAGGCUACUGCACCAGGCUGCAAAGGACCCAUGAAGCUCGAGGAACGCCCGGAACCGCUUGAAUUCCAUCCGGAUGUCAUUGGAAAUAUCACUUUGCCGCAGAAUCUCAUGCUAGAGGAAGAGGAUAAGAGAAAACUGAAGCUUGCUCAUGCUCGGUUCCUCAGGUUACUCGCUCCGCCGGACGGGCCAGUACUACCCUUUCAACAAAGGACUCGAGGCAUUGUCUCAACCGCCAGUAAAUCGAUGCUUCCGACACUAGUUACAUCCAUAUAUAUGCUACGGGUUACCGGAUUAAAACUUCCUGUUGAGAUAUUUAUUGCAGACAGGCGUGAGUAUGAUGCUUUCACUUGCGGUCUGUUGUUCCGGUCCCUGAAUGCCCGCUGCAUAAUUCUGGAUGAUAUACUUUCCUUCUCACCCUUGAAAGAAGGGCUGAGAAAGUAUCAAUUCAAAAUAUUUUCUCUUCUCUUUUCUUCAUUUGAAGAAGUUCUCUUUCUUGAUGCGGAUGCGUUUCCGAUACGUGAUCCUAGCCGUCUAUUUACCUCGAAGCCGUUCACCUCAACUGGAAUGGUGACUUGGCCGGACUUUUGGCAAAUUACGUAUCAUCCUUGGUUUUUUGAGAUAACUUCUCAACGGCCACCUACAAGCUUCCCGAUCCCGUCCACCGAAUCCGGCCAGUUGCUGCUCUCCAAACGGUCUCAUUCCAAGCUACUCCUGCUCUCGGCGUACUACAACUUCUACGGCCCGUCAUACUACUACCCUUUGCUUUCCCAGGGCCAUCCAGGGGAAGGUGAUAAAGAAACAUUCAUCGCACCCUCGAUGAUCCUAGACCUUCCAUUUUAUGCUGUUUCUACUCGCCCAGAGGUGUUUGGAUACACAAAUAAGGGUGGGCACUGGGAGGGAGGUGUUAUAAUCCAGGCCGAUCCAACGUGGGAAGCCGUAUCAAGACCAGAUCGAAAUUAUGGAUGGAAAGGGAAACCUGCCGCGCCUUCUAACGCAUUCCUAACCUUCCAUGCGAAUUUACCUAAACUAGAUCCGGUCCGGGUUUUUGGAGAAGGCGGGCUUGCAUGGACUGCUGAUGGGCAGCCUCGACGCAUGUGGGGGGCAGCUAAGGACUCGGUUCACCGCGUUGGUUCUGAUAUUGAAAAACGGCUAUGGAAAGCUUUGGAGGAGACUUCAUGUCAGCUGGAAAUGAACUUCACCCCUUGGGAUGAGCAGCCAAAGCUCUGUCAAAAAAUCCGGAAGUUUAUUCACGACAUGGCCUAA